AUGGGCUUCGCAUUCUCUCCCGAUGUUAAAUUAUUAGGCAUCGAGACUACAAACAUGCCAUCGCCUCCUGUAUUACUGCGCCUCUACUGCAACAAGACUCGGCUACUGAUCGGAAGCAUACUGCUUUUCAUCUGCCUGCAUAUAUUGUUUGGUUGCUCAAUCUUCAACAUUGUCCCAUCGGGUACACCUGCUACCCCAAAUCUCGCCAACGCUAUACCCGAAUCCAUACCCUGGACUCCUAAAAGAUUGCAAGCAGACCUGCGCAUCUCAAAAGCGACCAUAUUAUACAACUUCAGGCAACAUGAUAGAGACAAUCUCGCCCUCGACGAACUCCACACCCAAAACUUCAGAUACACAAGCCACAUUCUCCAAACACCUAUAGUGCGAGGCGCUCUGAACAAGUUCCUCUACCUCCAGUCUCUCAUCAUCACCGAACUUCAAAAACCAAUCGAAGAUCAAAAAGAAUGGAUACUCUACCACGACCCUACCGUCAUCCUCGCAAAUCAACACAUACCACUCCACCACUUCCUCCCACCCAUCACGGAUGUCGAAACAUUCAAGACCCUGUCUAUCAUUGCUACGAAAUCCGAAAGUGAAGAACUAAGUGCCGCGGUCUUCUUCAUUCGGGUUAGCGGCGGCUCACUGCGUAUCUUGACUGAAGCCAUGGAGAUGAUAUACAACUUGCCAGACAACGGAGAUGAAAACGAGGAAUUUAAUGUGGCAGCGACAGUCCUCCAAACUAUCCUAUCCCGCCCCCACCACCUCGAACACGCCAUCUAUCAACCCGCUGAAUGGUAUAAUAGUACCUCGUCUCUCUUCUACCAGCCCUACUAUCUAACGCUGGCGCAUCGUCUCCUCCCCGUCCACUACACCCAAACUAUACCAGGUGAAAAAGAAGGAAGCAGUCUGAUGUUCCCUGAUGCAGACACGGUACACCGUUUUUGGCACGUUGUGCGUGAAGCGCGGCGCGUGUUGAACGAAGCGAAGGAAAAGGGCCAUACGAGUGAACAGGGAGAGUGGUGGGAGAUGGUAGCGGAGGUGAAGGAAUGGGUUGAGGGUAGGGCUUGGGACACGGAGGAGUUGGAAAGAAGGGUAAGGGUCCUGAGGGAGGGGUUGGAUAUUGGCUGA